GAAAGACAGAGAUAUGAUGUAUAUUAUGAAAUUAGUCCAUACUUCCUGUAUUGAUGCCCCAUCACAUGACAGUUACUUCCUUCCCUCAACUUCUUGUCUCUAUGCCUUCCGUCUAUCUUAUCUCACAUGCCCUCCCACUCACACUUCGGAGUUCUGCAGUCUUAUCGCCCAAAUUCGCAUGUGGAUCCGGAUGUCCGACAUCAGGGACUCGGGAUCUCGACGAUCCGCACCCGUCGGGUUCCGCGGGGAUCUCGAUUCCCUCCCGAUCAGGUCCACAGUACAGAUAUCUGCUGGAGGAAUUCUUCACGAAUAUUUGGUUCCACCAGAGAAGCUUAUUCCUUUCUAGGAGGCUGUGUGCAAUGCCUAGAUCUCCCGAAACCUCCCAGAUUUAUGCUAGCACGUGUGUUGUUGCGGAGCUCCCUCGGGGGGACUCGGGCGCAGAAGCUCUCCGAUAGAAGCCUCGAAAUCUGGCGGAGUCGUGAAGUUAUCGUCGUUGAAGUGGACAUUGAUGUACUCCGAUUCAUUCCACCGCCUUAACUUUUGUUUCCAUGCGCCGAGGAGAUGAGGUCAUCAUGUGUUCAGAACCAGAGACUCGCUGUCGUUUUGCUUUGUCAAUCCAUUCGGUCGUUGA